CAACCGAAUGAAGUUCCGGAGGACAGCGCCGAGAUUCCAGCCUGCAGUGUGGAAUGUACACGACAGUACGAUGGCCGGUCGGGAGAGGACGAACAACGUAUGUGAAGGGUGGAACAACGGUUUCGGCAAGUUGGUUGGCCACAAAAACCCGUCAAUCUGGACAGCCAUCAAGUGUAUAGAAGGCGAUGCGGCGAUGGUGGAGGCUGAUGUAAUGCGAUAUGCGAGAGGCCAGCAGUCAUCCAGACAGAAAAGGAAAACCAGGACGGCUCACCAGACAACGCUGUUGACUUUGUGUAAACAAUACAGCCCUGGUGAGAAGACCAUCCGUGUGUUCCUGAAGGCCAUCGGCUAUAGCAUUCGGCUAUAAUUGUGUGAUUUUAGGGAAUGAUUUGAUCUUUGUAAAUAAAUGUAAAUAUAUGCCUGUUUAUCGUUAAUAAAUGCGUGUCUUUUUUCAAC